UUCUCCCCAAUAGAAAGUUAGUUAUUUAUUCACUCGUCAAUGGCAAAGAAAGCGCUUUUGAUCGGCAUCAACUACCCUGGAACCGCCGUCGAGCUACGUGGCUGUGUCAACGACGUCCGUCGCAUGCAGAAGUGUCUCAUCGACCGUUAUGGAUUCUCAAACAAGGACAUAACGGUUCUGAUCGACACAGACAAAACCAGCAUCCAACCCACCGGCAAGAACAUCCGCGAGGCUCUCAAGAAACUCAUCGCUGAAGGAGAACCCGGUGAUGUUUUAGUGUUCCAUUACAGUGGACAUGGCACGAGACUCCCAACAGAAGAAGGAUUGUUCGACGCAACAGAUUAUGAUGAGUGUAUCACUCCUUGCGAUAUGAAUCUGAUCACAGACAAUGAGUUUAGAGACAUGGUGGCAGAGGUGAAAAAGGGAUGUCUGCUGACGAUAAUCUCGGACUCUUGUCACAGUGGUGGUCUCAUAGAGGAAGCAAAAGAACAGAUCGGGGAGAGCUACGUGAACAAGCCAAGAUCUAGAAUUGUUACUUUCUUGGUUAGCAUUGUAAGGAGUUUGCUAACGACUUGUGGAAUAUCCUCGAAUGAUUCUCAGAGAGGAAGUGGAGGAGGCCACGAUAGUUUCACUAGAGAGAGCGAGUUAGAGGACGGCGAGACAGUAGAUAUGAAAACAAGAUAUCUACCUCUCGAUAGUUACAUAACUCUUCUCAAGGAACAAACCGGACAAACCGAUAUCAAAUAUGGGAAAAUCAGACAAACACUUGUUAAAGUGUUCGGCCAAGACUCAAGUCCGAAUGUUAUGCUCUCUAAUUCGAUGAAAAGAAAUGCUCACAGAGGAUUGCUAAGUAUGUUCGUAGGCAAGCGCGAGGUUAAUACAGAUGGUGCAGGAUCUGAAGUUAAAAGUAAGCAUCCCAACAACGGUAUUUUGUUAAGUGGGUGUCAAACAGAUCAGAGAUCAGAGGAUGUAUACGUGACAAGAACUGGAAAAUCAUAUGGAGCGUUCAGUGACGCAAUUCAGACAAUAUUGUCGGGGACGAGACAGGAAAUAACGAACAAAGAGAUGGUUUUGAGAGCUAGAGAGAUUCUCAAGAAACAAAAGUUUGGUCAACGGCCAGGUUUAUAUUGUCAUGACCGUUAUGUUAAUAUCCCAUUUAUUUGCUAACACACAUGGAAUUCAUUAGAGACUUUUUUUUAUGGUAUAAGUUUACUUUUUGUGUGAUUUAAAAAUUUAAUUGAAAUGCUUAUAUAUUUUUUAUUUGGGGAUGACUUAAGUGUCUCAGUGACUAGUGAUUCAAAUAAUGUACAUGUUUUUCUCUACAUGAUUAUUUCAAUUAUUUGCAUACUAAAAUGGUGAGGUGCUAACAACCACACUACGCAAUUUUCAUGGAUAGUUAGCUCGUAAAUUGUAGUGAGACCAGAAUUAGAUAUACGUAAAUUGUAGUUGUUGUAAAUAACACUACAUUGUGUACAUAGGACCGACUCGAUCGAUUUUAUUAUAUGGUACUGAUCAGAUCACCAAACUAAUUCCGGUUCAAUAAUAAACUUGGUCUUAUGACUGAAGAAAUCUCAGUGGAAAACUCAAAUUCCGGUUAGACUAUUUUUGCGGAUAUCCGAAAACUCAAAUCCAAACCAGCAAAAACGCAAAAAAAAAAAAAAAAAUUAUAUUUCUUUUGAAAAUUU